UCCCACUCGUCGGAAUUGAUAAUCAUCGUAGGCUGUGAAAACAGGAUGGUGGCGUGUAUUAUAUAAUCAGGAAAUCAGCGUAAUAUUUAGUCCUACAGAGCCGGGGCUCACAAAAAAAAAUAAAAAAAUAAAAAAAAUACAUGGCUAUGGAAUGAGAGGAGUUUCUUAAAGCGAGGCAUGCCAUGCGGCCAGCCUCUUUCCUGGGUUCGUCGUUGACUAUUGACUUCGAUGCAUGCAUGUCCCCUCCCUCUAUAAUCUCUUCCCAGAUUCCUUCCAAAAAUCUCUACCACACAAUUCCAUGUAUUUAAUUGAGAUCACAAGCUCAAAAUAGCAAUCAACAUUGAGACUACUCUUCUACUUUUCUUUUCCUUUUUUUCUUUCUUUCUUUUCAGUUUUUAGAAGAGUUUAGGAAGGUGUGAGGCUCACCUUCUUCGUUUCCUUCUUUCGGGCUUGUUGUUGGUUUUGGAACGCCAAGGAAAUUGAUAUUCCUCAUUGCUUCUGAAACUAGCAUGAAGAAAGUUUGCUCGCCUUACUUUGAUCCCGAAUUUGAGACCCUCAUCGAGAGGAUCCAUGGACCCAGUUGUAGAGUUUGCAUUGACAAUGAGCGUUGUGAACAAUGUACAGUGGUGAAGUGUAUGUGCAGGUGGACUGUGAUAAUAAGCAUGGUCUACUUCUCGAUGUGGUGCAAGUACUGACAGACAUGGAUCUUGUCAUUUGCAAGAGCUACGUCUGCUCCGACGCUGGAUGGUUCAUGGAUGUCUUCCAUGUGAGAGAUGAGAGCGGCAACAAAAUCAGGGAUGAAAGGCUCAUCAACUAUAUAAAACAGGCCAUAAGCCCAAAAGAGCUCCGAAACACAACAGAGGUGAGGAGCUGCAGUGGGAAGAUUGCCAGUUCCGAAACCUCAAGUGAGCAUACAGCCAUAGAAAUGACCGGCACCGAUCGACCUGGUCUCUUUUCAGAGAUAUCAGCUGUCCUUACUGACCUUAGGUGCAAUGUCGUCGAGGCCCAUGCCUGGAGCCACAAUGCACGCCUCGCAUGCAUUGUCCAUGUCUCCGAUGAGUCUACUGCUGGCCCCAUUGACGACCCCAGUAGGCUUGCCACGAUCAAGGACCACCUCUCUACUGUCCUCCGAGCCGACACCGCUCCAGAUGACCAGAUUGGCAGAGUCAAGACAGCCUAUCCUGGAGAUGAUAGCACAGUGAGUCACCAGGAGCGCCGGUUGCACCAGCUUAUGCUAGCUGGUCAGGAUUUCCAUGGGCCGGUGCAGUCAGUGACCCCUGUGUCACCUGAGAGAGCAGCCUGUGAUGAUGAGGGGAGGAAGACCAUUGUGUCGAUUGAUAGGUGCAAUGAGAAAGGGUAUUCGGUGGUGCACAUAGAAUGCAAGGAUCGGCCAAAGCUCAUCUUCGACACGGUAUGCGCACUUACAGACCUGCAGUUUGUGGUGUUCCAUGCUUCCACCAUCCGUCAUGACUCUUUUACAACUCAGGAAUACUAUAUCCGGCACGUGAAUGGAUGCACUCUGGAAACGGAGACUGAGAUGCAACUGGUUGCGAAAUGCUUAGAGGCUGCAAUAGAGCGCAGGGUCUGCGAGGGUGUUCGGCUAGAGUUAUGUGCCCACGAUAGGGUAGGUCUGCUCUCAGAUGUUACCCGUCUGCUACGUGAGUAUGGACUCACUGUCGCCCGGGCAGAUAUCGAAACACAAGGAGAAGAAGUGAUAAAUGUAUUCUAUGUACGGGAUAUCUCUGGAAAUGCCGUUGACAUGGAGAUCGUAGACUCGAUGAAGAGAGAAAUGGAGCCACUAGCACUCCAGGUGAAAAGCGAAUCACUGCUGCGGAGGUCAAACUCGCCUGAGAGACCCCGCUUCUCUUUUGGCAACAUGCUUCGUUCACAGAUAGAGCGCUUCUCCCAAAACUUCAUUUAA